UCUCCAGAAGCCGCGGCCGCGGUGCCGCCUCCGCCCCGGGGCUCAGGCUUCCAGCCCGGCCCGCCCGGUUUGCGGGCCAUGGAGCUCCGAGCAGUGGAUCGAGAACAGCCGGAGCGCCCCAGCCUACCCGUCUGGUGCCUGGCUGCCACCCCUUCCCAGCCUGAGCCCUGGAGACAGCAGCCCCCAGGCUGCUGAGCAGCGGCAACAGCAUGAAGGCUCCGGGUCGGCUCCUGCUUGUCAUCCUGUGCUCCUCGGGCUUCUCAGCUGCCUACAUCCUGCUGUGCUGCUGGGCCUGCCUGUCCUUCUGCCUGGCCCCCUGCCUGGACCCCCACCCGUCCACCAACUCCAGGCCCACUGUGCCAGGGCCCCUGCACUUCAGCGGAUAUAGCAGCGUGCCAGAUGGGAAGCCGCUGGUCCGAGAACCAUGCCGUAGCUGUGCCGUGGUGUCCAGCUCCGGCCAGAUGCUGGGCUCGGGCCUGGGCGCGGAGAUCGACAGUGCCGAGUGCGUGCUGCGCAUGAACCAGGCACCCACCGUGGGCUUUGAGGCGGACGUGGGCCGGCGCAGCACCCUGCGCGUGGUCUCGCACACGAGUGUGCCCCUGCUGCUGCGCAACUACUCCCACUACUUCCAGCACGCCCGUGACACGCUCUACGUGGUGUGGGGCCAGGGCAGGCACAUGGACCGGGCGCUGGGCGGCCGUACCUACCGCACACUGCUACAGCUCACGAAGAUGUACCCGGGCCUGCAGGUCUACACCUUCACGGAGCGCAUGAUGGCCUACUGCGACCAGGUCUUCCAGGACGAGACGGGCAAGAACCGGAGACAGUCCGGCUCCUUCCUCAGCACCGGCUGGUUCACCAUGAUCCUCGCCCUGGAGCUGUGCGAGGAGAUCGUGGUCUACGGAAUGGUCAGCGACAGCUACUGCAGGGAGGAGAGCCACCCCUCGGUGCCUUACCACUACUUUGAGAAGGGCCGGCUGGACGAAUGUCAGAUGUACCUGGCCCACGAGCGGGCGCCCCGCAGCGCCCACCGCUUCAUCACUGAGAAGGCCGUGUUCUCCCGCUGGGCCAAGAAGAGGCCCAUUGUGUUUGCCCACCCAUCGUGGAGGACCCAGUAGCCCCAUCGCCUAGCCAGCCACAAGGCCCUCACCGGGCCUCUGUUCCACACUCCACCGGAAACAUUUAAUUUAUGGAUCCUGUCUCCUGCCACAUGCCUAGUGGACCUAAGGUCCCUUCUGGCCCUACCCUGGGGACACUUGGAGCCAUCUUAGGCCUCCCGACUUGAGGGGGAGAAGAGGAGGACUGUGGUGACCUUUGCAGCCCUUCCCUGCACCCCACUUUCUGAGUAAUCCAAUCUUCAUUUUGGGGUUCACCCCCCCUCUGGGUCUGUCCAGUGGCCUUUGCCCCCGGGGCUGAUGGCCCCUCAACUCACCAGCAUUGUGAUCUUCGAUCUUUCAACAGCCCUGGUCCUUCUUCACUGUCCCCCCUCCACCUGCCUUUGGUGCCACAUUUCCCAGGCUGGAGCUUGGGGUUCGUUGAGCGAAGGGGCCUUUGAACUGUGACUGCCAGGGCCGCCUCUGGAGUGUACGGGUAAACGUGUUUUCUGGAAGCCUG